UGCUGAUUGGCUGACUGAAGGAGGAAGAGGAUGUCGGGACAGCAAAGAUGUCCGCGCUCAUUUGAAAACUUGCUGUGGCCAAAUCCACAAAUUGGCACCUUAUACUAGUUGUUUUAAUGUUGGCACUUGAGACGACGUUGUGCUCUAGUAAGACCCACACAAAGGAAAGAAACGGACUCCGCGACAAGAGCCAGACUAUUCCUUAUUAUCAGAAAUAAUGCUGAUAUCUGGAACUCAUGUCGGAAGUCGUGUAUGAAGAGACAGCCACGAUGAUUGCCGCAGGGGAAUUGCAGUCGUUUGUCCCAUUUGGCCGCGAGCACUGCAGGAACCAUCCAAACGCCUUCAACCUGCAGCUCAGAGAGCUCCAGCCUGCCUCCGAGCUCUGGUCUUCAGAUGGUGCUGCAGGCCUUGUGGGUUCCCUGCAGGAAGUCAGUCUGCAGGAGAGAGAGAGGGAAUGCUGGCAACUUAGGAAGGGCUGCAUCAGAGUCAGGGAGGAGGAUGUGGAAUUUGAGGAGGAACUCUACGCUGCAGGAACUGUGGUCAUCUGGAGCCAAGGCAGCCGGACUCAAGCAUCCAACGUGUACAAGGCUUUCACCGUCGAUAGCCCAGUGCAGCAGGCCUUAUGGUGUAACUUUGCUGUUCCUCAGAACAAGAAGGACGAGGAUGAAGUGGAGCAGACGGUGUGUAUUGUCCAGAGCAGCUGCAUCAAUGUUCAUACUGUGACCGGGAAGGAUUUCAUCUCACCCCUACCCUUCCAGGUCUCAGAUGUCUGGGCUACAAAGUUUGGACUUUUGUUGGAACGAAAAAACACGGCAACUGAUGCACAGAUCAGCCCCCCUGGGGAACCCUUGCCUACAGUCUUCAGCAUGUUGCAUCCUCUUGAUGAGAUCGCACCAGUCGUCUGUAAACCUACAGGUCUGUUUGAAGGCUCCCGUGUUCAGUAUGCAUCUGACCCCAACAUGAAGAUUGUGUUCAGCUGCUGUCAGCCCUCUUUGGUUGUUUCUUAUGACACUGUACAGGGAAUACACUCUGUCUGGGCUCUGCGCAAGGUCACACAUGAUGAGCGCUCUACAGUCCUGCGUUGUCCAUCAGAGCCUGUUGGGACUCCAUUGGGCCUGAUGGCGUCAGGUGUCCUGACCUCUCACCUCCGCAAUAUCUCUCGCUUGGACUCCCCAGGUGGGAGUGGGACAGGGACAAGUUGUGCUGUUGGUACCGGCUCCCCUCUCCAUUACAGCGCUCUACACAACCACCCAAACAGGAUCAUGACGUCUUCACCAGGAUUACAUUCCCGUGUUCAUUCUCCCAGUAUUUCCAAUAUGGCUGCCCUUAGCCGUGCUCACUCUCCAGGCAUGGCAGCUCCGUCCUUUUCAGGUGCAGCUCGAUUCAACACGUCUUUCCACAGCCCCUCCCCCAGGGGGCACCAUGGCCUGUUGCUCUCUCCCAACAGCACAGUCAACGAGACGACUCUGGUGCCCGAGAUGGAGCCCAUCAUACCUGACCUCUGCAUGGAACAGCUGUGGAGUGAGACCGUCACAGCUGGCUGUCAAAGGGAGAUGAGCAGCCAGGCGUCCAAAGUAUUCCUGACCUCUGACCUCUGUGAGAACCGUUACCUCUGUUUCCUGGUCGAGUCCCACCAACAGCUCAGAUGUGUGAAGUUUAUGGAGAGCAACGAUACAUCUCAGCUCAUCUUUGCCUUUACCACACCCAUCCCAGCCAAAGAUGCAGAGCCUCUGCCGAGUAUUGAUGCCAUGCUGGUUCUGGAGGCCUGUGGCAGUCUGGUGCUCUACACAGGAAUCACCAGGGUCAGUAAGGUGUUUGUCCCUGGUCUCCUGUCACCUACCUUCAGCCUGACCAACCACAUCUCUCACGUCAGCACGCCGAUGGAGAAUGUUAGCACGCCGGCUAACGCUGGAAGUAGGCACCUCCAAAGACUGGAUGAGGCUAUUAUGCCCUCACCAGUGACAGGGCUGAGAGGUACAAACAUUAAACACCAUGAAGCUUCUUUUUUGGAAGAUUGUAGUUCACAACAAGCCACACCCUACAUCCAUGCCCUGCGGGACCCUGUUUGCAACAAGGUUACAUUGGAGCUGAGCAGUGGGCCGAUGCUGAGGAUCUCAAUCCCAGAGAUCGCAACCUCAGAGCUUGUAAGGAAAUGUCUCCAGGCUGUUCGUUUCAUCCUACCCAAGGAAGCUGCAAUGAAGGUGUUAGUGAAGUGGUACAACAUUUACAACGCGCCAGGGGGCCCCAGUGCACACACAGAGUGGAACCUGUUUGUCACAUGUUUCAUGACACUGAUGGGCUACAACACUGAACGCCUGACCUGGAAACAAAACCUGCAUUUUGAAGUGCCUCUUUCUCCAGUGAUUGCAGCCAAGAAGGCUCGCCCAUCUGAUGGAGGCUCUGAUGAGGAUUGGGAAUAUUUGCUGGGGUCUCAUUACCACCGUCAGAUGAAUUCCCAGCCUGUCUGCAGACCAGGGGACUCCAGUGGCUCCAACAACUCUCUCAGUCCAGAGACUGAUGGCAUGUCCUCUGCGUCCUCUCCCUCCAGUCCAUCUCUGAGGCUGGACAGUUCAGCCCCUCUCUUCCCUCACAUCCCUGCUCUUUUCUACGUCCUCCAUCUGCUCUAUCAGGAGCUGCAGCUGGACGAGCUGCAGAGAGCAAGAGCCUCUUCACUGGUUUGUCUGCUGCAACAGCUAGCCAGAGACCUCCAGCUGGAAGAAUAUGUCGAUCUGUACUGGAGGGACUACCCUUCACUGAUUAGUGGCUUCAAUGAGAGCUGCCUCAUAGACCAGGGUCAGUUCAGUCAGAUGCAGCGUCCGUCCUACCUAAGGCCAGAUCCUCCAUGUGUGCUCAGCUGGCUCAGUAGCUGUCUGAGAGGGGAGGUGGUUCCACCUUUCCCCUACUUGCCUGGCAUCUGUCAGAGGACCAGGCUGCUGAUAUUGAGUUAUGCUCUCUAUAUUCUUCGAGAUGAAAAUGCGACGUCGACAGAUGUAUCAAAGUACCUGACCAAGCUCUCUACAGGCCAGAGGUCCUGCGCCAGUGAACCGCACUAUAGAAGACAGAGCAGUGUGAAGGCAAAAUUCUCCAGUAAGAGUCUUGCUGAGCAUCUGGUUGCCUGGCUCACCUCUGAAGGUUUCACACUGAAGGACCUGGAGUCUGUCCCCUUUGGCAUGGCUUUGCCCAUCAGAGAAGCCAUCUACAGCUGCAGGGAGCAGCCAUGCUCAGAUUGGACAGAGGAGGUCUGUCUAUUGAUUGGACGGCAAGAUCUGACAAAACAAGCUCACAAGAUGACACUGGCUAAGAGCAAAGCUUCAGUAGGUACAGGGCUGUCCUUGGAACCUCCUGCGACCACAGAAGCAGAUGAGGAGGAAGAUGGGAUGUCAGACAUAAUCCAAGAGGUCACAGGACUGAUAUGGAGUCAAGAUCUGAGGGUCCAGGAGGUCAGAAGGCUCCUGCAGAGCUCCAGGCCAGUCCGGGUCAGCGUUGUCCAGUUACCAGAAGUUUCUGAUCACGAGUACAUUGAGGAGAAAGAAAACAAACUCCUGCAGUUGUGUCAGAGGACCAUGGCUCUUCCUGUUGGCAGAGGUCUCUUCACUCUUUUCUCUUAUCACCCAGUACCGACUGAACCUUUGCCUGUCCCGAAGCUCAACCUGACAGGCCGUGCCCCUCCUAGAAACACGAUGGUAGACCUGAACAGUGGGAACAUCGAUGUUCCUCCCAACAUGACGAGCUGGCCCAGCUUCCAUAAUGGAGUAGCUGCUGGACUCAAAAUAGCACCUGCUUCACAGGUGGACUCGGCGUGGAUAGCCUACAACAAGCCAAAGAACCCUGAGCUAGCUAACGAGUAUGCAGGCUUCCUUAUGGCUCUGGGCCUAAAUGGACACCUCACAAAGCUGGCCACGCUCAACAUACAUGACUAUCUUACUAAGGGGCACGAGAUGACGAGCAUCGGGCUCCUUCUAGGUGUGUCCUCAGCCAAACUGGGCACUAUGGACAUGUCUAUUACCCGCCUGCUGAGUAUACACAUCCCUGCUCUCCUGCCCCCCACCUCCACUGAGCUGGACGUACCACACAAUGUCCAGGUUGCUGCUGUAAUUGGCAUUGGGCUGGUGUACCAGGGAACAGGACACAGACACAACGCUGAAGUCUUGCUGUCUGAGAUAGGUCGACCACCUGGUCCAGAGAUGGAGUAUUGUACAGACAGAGAGUCAUAUUCCCUGGCUGCUGGACUCGCCCUGGGCAUGGUCUGUCUGGGGCAUGGCAGUAACCUGAUUGGGAUGACAGACCUGAAUGUCCCAGAGCAGUUGUAUCAGUAUAUGGUGGGUGGUCACCGCAGAGCACAGGCAGGGGCCAGCAGAGAGAGACACAAGUCCCCAAGCUACCAAAUCAAGGAGGGUGACACUAUAAAUGUAGAUGUGACUUGUCCAGGGGCCACACUGGCCCUUGCCAUGAUCUACCUGAAGACCAACAACAGGUCGAUUGCUGAUUGGCUGAAACCUCCAGACACUUGGUUCUUGUUGGAUUUCAUCAAGCCUGAGUUUCUGCUGCUGAGGACUCUUGCUCGGUGUAUUAUAAUGUGGGAUGAAAUCCUUCCAAAUACUGAGUGGGUGAAGAGUAACAUACCCCAGAUCAUGAGAGGGGCUUUUGACCCCUCAGAAGACUUCAACAUGGAGACAAUGUCUCAAGCCCAGGACUACAUCACUGCUGGCGCCUGUAUGGCAUUGGGCCUCCGUUUUGCUGGCUCUGCUAACUCUGAUGCUUUCGACUGCCUCUAUGAGUUUGCCAGGACCUUCAUGCAGAUCCUGUCCUUCAGUGGUACAACUGCUGUUCAGACAGGUUAUUACAAUCUGCAGACUGGUCUGUCAAUGAUUCUGCUGGCUAUGUCCAUGGUGAUGUCCGGCACCGGGAACCUUAAAGUCCUACAGCUCUGUCGAUUCUUCCACAAACGAACAGGCGGUGAGAUGAACUACGGCUUCCACAUGGCUCAUCAUAUGGCACUGGGCCUUCUCUUCCUUGGAGGGGGCAGAUACACCCUGAGCACGUCCAAUUCAGCCAUCGCUGCAUUGCUGUGUGCUCUGUACCCCCACUUUCCUGCUCACAGCACUGACAACCGAUAUCACCUGCAGGCUUUGCGGCACCUUGCUGUCCUGGCUGCAGAGCCUCGCCUGCUGGUUCCUGUAGACGUGGACUCCCUGAAGCCUUGCUACGCCCUCUUAGAGGUCACAUACAAGGAAACCAAAUGGUAUGAGGAGACGACAGUAGAGCUGAUGGCGCCCACCAUGCUUCCUGAGCUGCACCUCCUCAAACGGGUGAAGGUGAAGGGGCCACGGUACUGGGAACUUUCUGUGGACCUCAGCAAAGAAACACAGCACCUACAGUCCAUCCUAUCCAGAGAUGGGGUGUUGUACGUAAAACUCCGAGCCGGUCAGCUGCCCUAUAAAGACGACCCUCAAGGCUGGAAAAGCCUCCUGGCCUCCACCGUCAACCAUCGUAGUUCCGGAGUUAGAGCUUUCAAGCCUGAAGCGAUCUCUACGUUCACCUCAGAGCCUGCUUUGGUCUCUUUUGCAGAGUUCUUCUGUAAAACAUCAGAUGGAAUGAAACAUAGAGAGGACACGUUGGCCUUGUUCUCAGCCAUGCUGUAUGAGUGUGUGACACAGGAAUGUCCAGAGAUGUUGCCCACUUACAUUGCUAUUGAGCAGACGGUGGAUGCUCUGCGUCAGAGGAACCUGCAGCAGACCUUCCCUCUGUGGCAGAUGCGUCUGGUGGUGGAGCUGUGGGACAGGAGGGUGCUUCUGGGUCCCGCAAACCGUCAUGACGCCCUGCUCACCUCUGAGUUUCUUCCUGUCAUGAAGAACAUGGUUGAUGUGGCACUGGACAGCUGGCUGAGAGACAACAGCUCAGUGGUGAGAUCCUACAUGAGGGAAAAGGCCCUUCCUAAGGACACCCAGUCAAUCAUGUUGGCCUGCUUUCUGGUGUAUCGCUCCAUCCCCUGCCUGAGGAACACAGACACACAGUUGGAGGGCUGCAGCUCCCUCGGAGAUUUGUUGGCACGCAGCAGCCAGUUGGGCAUCCCACUGAGGGACCUGCUAAGACUGGCACCCGUCCUGUUGGGCCCCGGCGUACACACUCUACAGGGCUUUCCUACGCGGACAUUUUGAUACCGAUGCUCAGUGUUAGUCAACUGGCAAGUAACUUCUCAGACAUCCAGUUUUAACCCUACGUCCCCCCUGCAAGCACAGGUAGGACAACAGCUGAGAGGAACUGUUGUGAGGUUACAGACUUCUCUUCCCUCUCAGCCAGCAGAAAAUGGGAUGAGUCCUUUUGUAACAUAAUAUUUCUAUGUAGUUUUUUUAUACAAUGAAGAAAGUUUGGCUGCAGUAGUGUUUGCAGUGUGUGUGCCAUAUUUGUGGUGCAACAAAUCCAAUAAUGUGGACUGUUUUGAUGGAAACCACUUUUCCCAACUUCACUGUUGAACGAAGACACCAAGGACUGGUUGGUUCAGAAAGAAAUAUUUUCAGCAGUAGUUGUUCCAGAGUCUAUGCUGCCUGUGAGAGUUCAGGCUGCUGUACAGAUGAGAAGAAAAAGACAAUAAACCAUAAAGAUACAUACACA